UCGCGCUUGCUUUGUCCGCGCUUUUCAACCUCCGCCAAUCUCCGUUACUAUCGCGCGAGAUGGCUACUACUACCUCUAUGGCCAAUUUGGCAACACUUGAGGAGAUUAAUGACGAAUAUCUCGAAAACGCGCGCGCUAGUGCUACGAGAGCACUUCAAGCCCCGCUCAGCUUAUUGACGACCAAGGACGAAUUUCGAGCUGAAGCCGGCCAGAUUGCGGCUAUCGUCGAGAAUGCUAACCCUGAAGAUCCAAGAAUGCUUGCAGUCGAGGUUGAAGCUCACAAGCAAUAUGUGGCGAAAUUAAAAUUCAAAUAUCAAGAAAAGUCUGCCAAGCUCAAAUUGUCCAAUAUUCUAUGUCAGGAAGAGCCUCCGGACUUCUCACCCGAGGUAAUGGACGCCAUCAAGGCUGAAGCUGCAGACGCAAAAGCUGAGUUGAAGCUGAAGAAAGAAAUGCUGGCGGAUGCAUAUGAUAGAAUGAGGAUUCUUAUUCCUGAAUGGCACAAACAGUAUUCGGAUCUUGUGGCCAAAGCGGAACGAACAGAAAGGUUGACACGCGAGAUUCAGGCUGCGAAGAUGGAAUUGGCGCAGAUUCGAGCCCGGCAUCCUGAACCGCGGUUGACCCUGGAUCAAGCAUCUCAAUACUGCGAUGAGCAGAUGGAACAGUUCAUUGCAUUGUCCGAGAAACGAGAUGAGCUGCUGGCUCAGGCUAAAAAUGCAAAGGAGAGGGCUGAACGGGAAGAGGCAAAGACCAGGAUGCUUAGGGAGGAUGUGAUGAAGAAGGAAAGGGAAGCGGAUAGGAUAAAGGAGAAAGUACAGUCAGCAGGAGAAAAAUCUGGUCUCCCGGAUUGGCUUGCAAGUUAUUCGGAAUUUCUCGGAAGUUAUACUUGGGUUUCCUCUGUGCACCAAGAAACCGACAAUGAACUCCGUCUACGGCUCAACCCUCCGGAUCUCCAACAGCCUGUCACACUUUCUGUUGUCUUUGAUCCGGCUAAGUGCACUCUUGCAGGCGCUCAGCUGAUCGACUCACCCAUAGAGUUGGACGAAGAGCCUAUCGCGGUCUGCGUCACUAAAAACGACUUUGUUCAGCUUGUACAAUUGACUCAACUAUGUUGCCACCUCCGACCCUGCAAUGAAUGCCGUAAGGAUGUUCGCAUGAGUCAAUUGGACAGCUGGGUAAAAUUCCGACCACUGAGGGGGCGAGAUGUCGCUCGAAUCCCGCUUGGUCUAUCUAAGGUUUACACGUGUCUCCCAGCCCAAACGAAGUCAAUUGCCCGAGGGGUCCUUUUACCACGGCUCAGUGUUUGGCUCGUCCCCCACUUCCUCUUAUCUUUUACCAACGGGCCAGAUUCUAUCUCAUCAGUCGUAAAUUUCAUUCUAUUCAAGAGAUUUUUCGAAAGCAUUAGUAGGUUGGCAAAAUGUACUCCUGCUUAUCACUUGCUGAUCGUUCUCGUCACGACUUUAGGCCCCUCAACCGCAGCAAAUCUCCUUACAGUUUCUCUCCAUGCCGAAGAUAUGCAAACACUGAUAGGGGAGCAUAUGAGUAAGCUCAUUCAGAUGAGAGGAAUGUUCAACGAAAUUUUAUGUGCAGAAGUGAGCCGAAAGAUGGAUGCCGUUUCAAGCCGCUUGAAGAUCGCCGAGUUCAUUUCCAAGACACUGCAGCAACAUUUGGAAAGCCUCAAAUCAACCCUCGAACAAGUCAGGCAAGCGGGCUCUUCGUCCGACUCUGGCAACUCCCGCCCCAGGACCCCCACAGCCACGACUGACAUUCAGCCUGUAGCUGUAACCCCCCCUGUAACGAAAUUUGUGGCCCCAGCACCCCCUCCUUUGAUGCGUCGCCACACUACUACAUCUGUACCGACGAUAAAAGAUACCCCGGGAGUUGGGUGGGAAGAGCGAGCUGCGGCGUUCAUGCUGAAGCGACAGUCUCAACGAUCAGCGAUGGAGCAGCAACAACAGCAACAGGCUGUAUUGCUUCAACGCCAGCAGAAGCAGCAAUCGUCUAUUAGCGAGGCACCAGCGGUGAGUGGGGCAAAGCGUCCUCCCCAUAGCCCUCGAAGCACUCGUUCACCGGAGCUUCGGCCCGCGUCCCAACGCUCUUCAUUUGAUGGUAGCUCGUGGGGAGAUCAAGAU